AAGUCUCCAUCUUCUGAUCUGGAAGUUUUACUCAAUGAAGAGAGAAAACCACUCAGUGGUGAGUGACUUUAUUUUCCAGAGUUUCUCCAAUUUUCAUGAACACAAGAUUAUCCUCUUUGUGGUAUUUCUUACUUUGUACCUUUUAACUCUGACUGGCAAUGUUAUUAUUGUGACAAUUAUCAGCAUUGAUCGUCAUCUUCACACUCCCAUGUACUUUUUUCUUAGUAUACUUUCCACUUCAGAGACAAUCUACACAUUGGUCAUCAUACCACGGAUGCUCAUCAGCCUUGCAGUUUCAAGUCAACCUAUUUCUUUGACUGGCUGUGCCACCCAGAUGUUCUUUUUUAUCACUCUAGCCAUCAACAACUGCUUUCUGCUUACAGCAAUGGGGUAUGACCGUUAUGUAGCCAUCUGCAACCCCUUGAGGUACACAGUCAUCAUGAGCAAGAGGGUAUGUGUUCAGCUGGUAUGGGGAGCCUGCAGCAUUGGAUUACUUGUGGCCAUAAUUCAGAUUUCAUCUGUGUUCAGACUACCUUUCUGUGAUAGAAAGGUGGCCCAUUAUUUCUGUGACAUCCUCCCAGUUAUGAAACUUUCCUGUGCUGAUACCACACUACAUGACAUAAUUAAUUUUAUCAUCAGCUCACUGGUUAUUGUGGUGCCUAUGGGUUUGGUAUUCAUCUCCUAUAUCCUCAUCAUUUCUACCAUCCUCAAGAUAGCCUCUGCUGAGGGACGGAAGAAAACUUUUGCAACUUGUGCCUCCCACCUCACUGUGGUUAUCAUCCACUAUGGCUGUGCCACCAUUGCCUACCUCAAACCCAAGUCAGAGAACACCAGGGAUCAGGAUCAGCUGAUUUCAGUAACUUACACUGUUUUUACUCCACUCCUUAACCCUGUGGUGUAUACUUUGAGGAACAAGGAGGUCAAGGAUGCCCUUUACCGUGCUAUUGGCAAAAAAAAAUCUCUUGAUUGGAAUCUGAGGUAG